AUGCCAAACCCCCGCACUUACUUUGACAUCACCAUCGGACAGGAGCCCAUCGGACGCAUUGUCUUCGAGCUUUUUGCCGAUGUUGUCCCCAAAACUGCCGAGAAUUUUCGCGCUCUUUGCACAGGCGAAAAGGGCAUUGGAGAGACCACCGGCAAGCCAUUGACUUACAAGGGAGCUCCCUUCCACCGCAUCAUUCCCGAUUUCAUGAUUCAAGGAGGCGACUUCUCGAACCAGAACGGAACUGGAGGCGAGUCGAUCUAUGGUGCCAAAUUCGAGGACGAGAACUUUGACUUGAAGCAUGACGUGCCCUUCCUGCUCUCCAUGGCCAACGCCGGAGUUGGCACCAACGGCUCGCAAUUCUUUGUCACCACGGUUCCUACACCUCACUUGGAUGGCAAGCACGUUGUGUUCGGAAAGGUUCUCAAGGGUAUCUCUGUUGUCCGCGAAAUUGAGAGGACCCCCAAGGGUAGCGGAGAUGCUCCCUUGUCGCCUGUUGUCAUUGCUGACUGCGGUGAGCUGGCUGAGGGUGAGGAUGACGGUGUCGCUGCUCCCGAUACCGGAGACAAGUAUGCCGAUUGGCCUGAGGAUUAUGAAGGACCCAAGGAGGACAAAGAUUUAGUUGUGAUCGCACAGGACCUGAAGACCCUCGGAAACAACUUUUUCAAGGCAGGCGAUUACGCAAAGGCCCAAAAGAAGUACCAAAAAGCCAUCCGUUACCUGAACGAGAAGCCCGUCUUUGAUGCCGACGACGCACCCGAGCUGGUCAAGCAGUUCUACGCCGUCAAGAUCCCUUGCUACCUCAACAAGGGAUUUUGCGCAUUGAAGUUGGACCGGCCCGAGUUGACGAUCAAGGAUAUGACGACGGUGUUGGAUAUGGACGCCGAGUACCCCUCGGUUGCUGACAAGACCAAGGCGUUCUUCCGUCGUGGUUCGGCUUAUUUGAAGAUUAAUGAUCUGGACUCUGCCAAGGCGGAUCUGGAACAGGCCAAGAAGCUGUCGCCCAAGGACCCUGGUGUUCUGAGAGAGCUUGAGGCUGUUCACACAAAGUUGACUGCUAAGCGGAAUAAGGAGAAGAAGGCCUAUGCCAAGAUGUUCGCAUAG